AUGGGCACUUCAGACAAACGAACAAGCCCCAGUGCGAGUCCAAAGGGGAGUCCGCGAAUGCAAGAUAAGCCGGAUGAUGUCAAUGAUCCAGAACAAGCACAACAACAACAACAAGAACCCCUCCCCCAAAACCAAGGCCUCCUCCACGGAAACACCUUAAUCGAGGCCGGCGGCAGCGACGAAGACGGCGAAUUCUCAGCCAGCGACUUUGACGCCGACUCGAUAGCCGGUGACUCUGACUCUACCUCGAUCGGCUCGAGCAUCUACGAGCACAGCUUUCAAAACGGACGUCGGUAUCAUCGCUAUCGCCAUGGGAGGUACCCGCUGCCGAAUGACGAGGCGGAGCAGAAUAGGGAGGAUAUGCUGCAUGCCAUGAUGCUGGAGGCUACAGAUGGGAGAUUGUGCUAUGCUCCUAUUGGGAAGAAUCCGCAAAAGAUUGCUGAUUUGGGGACUGGGACUGGGAUAUGGGCUAUUGAGAUGGGAGACAAGUAUCCGAGUGCAGAGGUGCUGGGUCUCGAUCUCAGCCCAAUUCAGCCUUGCUGGGUACCUCCAAACGUCAAAUUCUUGGUCGACGACGUUGAAGAUGAGUGGCUGAACGGCGACGACUUUGACUUUGUCCACCUCCGCAACAUGAUCCCCAUCCUCAAGUCCCCAGUGCGUCUCCUCAAGCAAGCAUACGCAAACAUGAAGCCCGGAGCCUGGGUGGAACUCCAAGACGUCGAUGGCCAAGUACACACCGACGACGACACCAUCCCCGAGGACUGGCCCCUUAAACGCUUCACAGAGUACCUCGUCCAGGCCUUUGCCCAGUUCGAAACCAAUGCGCAUGCUGCUGUAUUUGGAGGCCAGUAUCUUGCUGAGGCAGGCUUCGUCAAUAUCCAGCACAACUACAUCAAGCUUCCCUACGGCACAUGGCCCAAAGACAAAGUCAUGCGUCUGGUAGGCAUGUACUACCGCACCGCCUGCGAAGAAUUCUUCCCCGCUGUAGGAGCCCUCCACUUCCCCAAGAUGGGCUGGGAAAAAAACGAGAUGGAGAUCUUCUUUGCCGAGUGCCGCAAGUCGAUGAGAGACCCUAGAGUACAUGCCUACGGAAAGAUGCAUUUCUGGAGCGGUCAGAAGCCUCUCGACGCUGAGUAG